CCACCUCCUAAACUUUAGAAGCCCCACCUACCCCGGGCAGUUUAGCGGCUCUUUAUGAUGUAACUUGGGUAGACCGUAGCUUCAAUAUAUAGGUAGGUAUGUACAUGUAAGUAGCGUAGCGUGCAGGUGGUCUGCUGCUAGGUUACCUUAGGUACCUGAUAAGUCGGUAUGAUCGGUAUCUUCCCACUAAAAACUCGCUGACCUCCUUAGUGGGUUGACUCCUAUUGGACACUUUAAACAACAAUUCAACCCUGCGACCUUCGUCCCCAUACGCCGGCCUGCCAUCUCCAUCCUCCCAACAUACGCAUUACAUCCGCACGGCUUUCCUUGGGACCACGUAGCUGAGACCUCCACUCACCGUUGAAGCAGUCAUCUUCUACCAGCCACCCGGUGGGCUCGCAAAUCUUGCCAGAGCGACCACCUGCCAAUAUGGAUUUCGCAUCGCUUAUGUCCAAAGAGCUCGCCAAGGCGACGGGAACAGCAACAACGCCUGCAUCUACCAGCGACUCGUCCUCCUCCAACAACAAGAAGUACAUACGCCGCUCCGAAGUCGAAGCCCAACGCGAAGCCGCGUACCGGGCAGAACAAAAAGCCCUCGAGGAAAAGCGCCAGGCAAAAGCCGCCGAGAAACGCAAGCGCGAAGAGGAAGCAGCCGAGGAGGCCAAGGCCCGCGAGGACAAGCGCCGGAAGCUGGAAGAAGAGACGCGGCGCCGGCGAGAAGAGCAAGCAGCCGAAGAAGAGCGCCGCCGACGGAAACGCCUCGGGCUCCCCGAACUCUCCAAAGAAGACGGCGGCAGGAGCAGCCGCGAAGGCAGCACAGGCGCCGAGGGCGACGAGGACAUCCCGGAGGAGGCCCUCGUCUCGAAGCUGCGCGAACUGGGCCAGCCCGCCACGCUCUUCGGGGAGACGCAUCGCGCGAAACUGAGGCGGUACCGAAGACUCACGACCGUCGUGACGGCCGGGCCCAUACCCACAACGCUGCAGCUGCUGGAGGAGAAGGACAUGAAGGUAGACAGUUCGAUACCACAGGACAAGGCAGGACGGCAGUAUCUCUUCCGACAGCUAGCGUCCUACUUCACGAUGGUGCUACGGGAGUGGGAGGUGGCGCUUGCGCGGGAAGAGAACCGCGAUACGUUCGCCGGGAAAGCGGCUAUCAACGCCAUGGUAUCGAGCCGCGACAACAUGGUACCGCUAUUCCGCAAGUUCGAGAAGGGCGAGCUAGAGGACGACAUCCUAAAGCCUGUCGUGGAAAUCGUCCAGGCCGCCCAGGAGCGCCGCUACGUAGACGCUAACGACGGGUAUCUGCGCCUGAGUAUCGGUAAGGCGGCGUGGCCUAUCGGUGUUACCAUGGUGGGUAUCCACGAGCGAAGCGCGCGGGAGAAAUUACAUGAUGGUGAGCGGGGACAUAUCAUGAGUGACGAGGUGACUAGGAAAUAUUUACAGAGCAUCAAACGAUGUCUAACGUUUGCGCAAGUACGCUGGCCCCCGGAAGAUAUCAGGCAGCUGAUGGGAUGAUAUGGUAACAGCACUCAAUUAAUUAAUUCAUAUCUGGACUACCUCGUCAUAGGGUAUUCGCGAAUCUCAUGCUCUUGAACGACGUAAUAUGCCAUGCAGACAUAACCCUAGAACCUCCCUGCAAAAGAAAAAAAAGAAACUGCAAUGCAACAUCCGUGGCGCCUGUAUCCUAGCAACUCCUUAUUAUGCGUUGU